GCACAAGUUGUUCUGGAAAACUUGAAAGUUAAAGAAAAUGCUUUGAGUGAGCUGGAUGUUCCAUUUAAAGUGAAAGCUGGUCAGAUUGGAAAACUGACAUUGAAGAUCCCUUGGAAGAACUUGUACAAUGAUGCUGUAGUUGCAACGUUAGAUGGUCUCUAUCUGCUGGUGGUUCCUGGAGCAACUGUGUCUCAGUUACGUACAUGUCCAUACAAUGCGAUAAAGUAUGACGCCGCGAAGGAGGAGCGUUACCAGCAGGAGGCCAAGCAGAAGGAGCUGCAGCGCAUUGAGGAGGCGCUACUGAUGGCUGCUCGCAGAGACUCUCAGACUGGAGAGCUGCUGUUUAAUCUGGAAAGUGUUGUGUAUAAGGAGCCUCAGCAUGAAAAGCCUCAGAAAGAUGAGAAGAAGGACACGUUUGCUGAGAAGCUGGCCACGCAAGUCAUCAAGAACCUGCAAGUCAAGAUCACCAGCAUCCAUAUCCGAUAUGAGGACGAUAUAUUAGACCCCCAGCAGCCCCUCUCUAUGGGAGUCACCCUGGCUGAGCUGAGUCUACAGACGACCGAUGAGAACUGGAAGUCGUGUAUUCUGAACGAGGCAGCCAGGAUCAUCUACAAGCUGGGCCGUUUGGAAUGUCUGUGCGCCUACUGGAACGUCAACAGUCCCAUCUUCUAUAAAGGCUCCCGGGAAGAAAUACUGGAAAAGCUGAAGGACGGCAUCAGUACCAAGGACCAAGAGAUCAAAGACUACCAAUAUAUUUUCAAACCCAUCUUUGCCUCUGCUAAAAUGGUAAUCAACCCGAGUGCUGAGAUUGAGCUGAAGUCUCCCAAAGCCAGCCUGCAUCUGGAGGUUCAGAAUGUAGCAGUAGAGAUGACAAGACCACAGUACCUAACCAUGGUGGACCUGCUAGAGUCUAUAGACUGUAUGGUGAAGAAUGGACCCUACAGGAAGUUCAGACCUGAUGUACCUGUACACACAAAUGCCAAGCACUGGUGGAAGUACGGUAUGAACAGCAUCCUGGACGUUCAUGUCAGACGUUUCAACCAGAUGUGGUCAUGGUCCAACAUCAGGAAGCACCGCCACACUCUGAAGACCUACAGGGCAGCCUACAAGGCCAAACUACUGACAGCACAGGGCAAACUCAGAGAGGACCAAGAGAAGCAGAUACAGGACCUGGAGAAGAGCCUGGAUGUCUUCAACAUCACGUUGGCCCGGCAACAAGCACAGAUGGAGGUGAUCCGGUCAGGGCAGAAGGUAGUAGCUAAGAAGGCUGUGGCCGGUCAGAAGCAGGGAGGAGGGUUUUUCAGCAGCUUCUUUGGAAGGAAGGAAGGGAAGAAGAAAGAGCAGGAACAGGAAACCCAGGAGGAAGAGGGUACAGGCAUUGAAGAGUUGAUGUCUGCUGAUGAGAAGGCUAAACUCUACACGGCCAUUGGAUACAGUGGUAGUUCUCACAACCUGGCCUUACCCAAGCAGUACGUGGCAGUGGUGGUGACCUUCAAGCUGUUCCGUACGUCCAUCACGGUGAGGGAGGAGCCCAACGUCCCAGAGAUCCUGAAGAUCCAGAUGAUCGACCUCAGCACCACCGUCUCCCAGAGACCCGGGGCGCAGGCCAUCAAGGUGGAGGCAGCGUUAGAACACUGGUACGUAACAGGGUUGGAACAGCAGGGAGCUGUCCCCUCUCUCAUAGCGUCAGUAGGGGACUCCACCUCCUCUCUGCUCUCCAUCCUGUUUGAAGUCAACCCAGAGGACAGCGUUGCAGAGCAGCUGCUCAGAGUCCACUCCCAGCCUGUAGAGAUCAUCUAUGACUCGUUGACAGUGAACAGCAUGGCAGAGUUCUUUAAGACAGGGAAGGGAGUGGACCUGGAGGUGUUGACUUCAGCUACUCUCUCCAAGUUGGAGGAGAUUAAGGACAAGACAGCCACUGGUCUGUCUCACAUCAUUGAGACCCGGAAGAUUCUGGACCUGAAGAUUGACCUAAAGCCUUCAUACCUGCUGGUGCCUAAGUCUGGCUUCUACCACGCCAAGUCUGACCUGAUGAUCAUAGACUUUGGUAGUCUACAGCUGGUGAGUGUGGACCAGGGGAACGCCCAGUCUUUAUCACCCAGUUUCAGCUCCCUGGAGGAGAUUAUGGACCGUGCCUACGAGAAGUACUCACUGGAGCUACGCAGUGUUCAGGUCCUUUACAGCAAGUCAGGUGAGGAGUGGAAGACGGCCCGUCAACGUGGUUCCUCUAUACAGCACAUCUUGCAGCCCAUGGACUUCAGCCUCCAGCUGGCCAAAUGCAUGGUGGAGAAGGACACCAGGAUGUCCAGAUUCAAGGUGUCUGGAGAACUGCCUCUCCUCCAUGUGAAGAUCUCAGACCAGAAGAUCCAGGGAGUGUUGGACCUGGUCAACAGCAUCCCCCUACCCCAGAGUGGUUCCACCCCUUCCACCCCCACCCAGAAGAUGCUGUGUUUGUCUGAGGCCAGGCCCAACGUCCUGGAUUUACAGUCCACCGUCCUGCUGGAUGCAUUAGAGACAGAUUCAGAUGGAGAGUCAUAUUAUAUGUCCGUGGAUGAGGAGCGCCAACCCUCCGUCAUCGAGGAGCUGACUGACGUACACUUCAAGUUUGAAGUCAAAGCGGUGCUGUUGGAGUUGACGCGUCAGGCUGACCAGGAGAACACGCUGUUAGCCCUCAGUGUGUCUCAGCUGGGAGCAGAAGGCAAGAUGAGAACCUAUGACCUCACCAUCACCUCCUACCUCCGUAAAGUAGGCCUGGACUACUGUGAGAUACGAGACUCCAAUAACCAGCCUCUGCACCUGAUCAGCUCCUCAGACAAGCACGGCUCAGACCUGCUCAAAGUGGAGUACACCAAAGCUGAUGUCAACGGGCCUAAUUUCCAGACCACGUUUGACAACACUGAGCAAAACCUGAAGGUGGAGUUGUCAUCGCUAGACUUUCUCCUCCACACCAAAGCGCUCCUCUCCACCAUCAACUAUCUGAACACAGCCUUACCCCAGGAGCUGACAGCCUCCAAGGACAGAGAGGCCAAGAAACAGGUGGAGAAGGCUGGACAGGGGAAGACAGUGUCGAAAGGAGCAAAAAACAGCAAUGUGUUCAACUUCAAACUGUCUGCUAUGCUGGGUUCAUUCCGUGUGGAGGUGUGUGAUGACCGGCGGAACAUCGCUGACAUCACAAUACAAGGUAUUGAUGGGUCAGUGCUGGUCCAGGCCAAAGAGACAAUGGUGUUCGCCAGGCUCAGGGACAUAGUGGUGCUGGAUGUCGACCCCAAAACCAUCCACAAAAAGGCCGUCUCCAUCGUGGGCGAGGAGGUGUUCAGCUUUCAGAUGUCCCUGUAUCCCAACGCUACGGAGGGAGAGGGUUACUCAGACACCUCCAAGGUGGACGGGAAGGUUACCAUGAGGCUGGGCUGCAUCCAGAUCGUCUAUCUGCACAAGUUCCUCAUGUCUCUACUGACGUUUCUGGACAACUUCCAGACGGCCAAGGAGGCGGUGAGUGUGGCCACGGCCCAGGCAGCAGAGAAGGCGGCCUCCAGCGUCAGGGACUUCGCCCAGAAGAGCUUCCGUCUCUCCAUGGACAUCAAGCUGAAGGCCCCUCUCAUCGUCAUCCCUCAGUCCUCCACCUCACGCAAUGCGUUUGUGGUGGACCUGGGGCUCAUCACCGUGGGCAACGGUUUCAGUCUGAUGUCGGCCGAAGGGUUCUCGCUCCCCGCUGUGUUGGACACCAUGGACGUCAAACUCACUCAGCUCAAACUGUCCAGGACCACGCUGAAACAAGGCUCCCCACAGACAGACAUCGAGAUCCUUCAGCCAAUCAAUUUAGAGCUUCUGGUCAAACGGAACCUGGCCUCUUCCUGGUACAACGAGAUCCCUGGAGUAGAGGUUCAAGGAAUGCUCAAGUCUAUGAAUAUGGCUCUAGGUCAGGAGGACUUUGGUGUUCUGAUGAAGACACUGAGGGAGAACAUCGGAGAGGGCAGCAAAGAGCACGUCAUGGAUGUCAAGAAACAAGCAGAGCAGCACCAGCUGGAGGGGAAUGAGGUGGGAUGUCUACCUGUGGAGGCUGGGGGAGGAGGACAGCCUGCUGCUGUUACCAAUGCAGGAGGACUGGGAGAAAACAUCGUCAAUAUGCUGCUCAACCUGGAGAUUAAGGAGGUGAUUGUGAAGCUGAAGAAGUCCAGGUCAGAUCAGAAGGAGAGUCCGUUCCUGGUUCUCCACGUAGCCCAGCUGGGCAUCCACACCAAUGUCAGGAAGUACGACAUGGUGGCCACAACUUACAUCAAGAAAAUCUCCAUGAAGUGCCUGGAGUUCUCAGAUUCCAACGGUGAGCCGCUGUGUCUCAUCAGUUCCUCUGUGGAGUCAGGUGCGGACCUCCUCAAAGUGGAAUACUUCAAGGCUGACAGAAAUGGGCCAAACUUUGCCACUGUUCACAAGAAUACUGAGCAGAUGAUCAAUGUGACCUUCACCUCCCUGGAUCUACUGCUUCACACGGAGGCUCUCCUCUCCACCAUAGACUUCCUGUCUUCUGCCCUGUCCUCCGGCAGCCUGCCCCCCUCACCAGAGGAGCCUAAGCAGAAGUCUGAGGAGAGCAGCAGGGCCAUCUCCGCCAAGUCAACGGCUCUAGGUUCUCCGUCGGACGGUGACGUCGUCGACCUGAAGGUGAUGAUGCGGCUGGGGGCGUUCAACGUCCUCGUGUGUGAUCAGAACUGCAACAUGGCUGACAUCAAGAUACAAGGUUUCAAUGUCCUCCUGAUGCAAGGGCCUCAAACCCACAUCUCCGCCCCGCCUUUGGGAUUUCAUCACACAAUGUUGGACCCAAAAAGUAUUCACAAAAAGGCCAUCUCUAUCGUAGGAGACGAGGUGUUUAGUUUCAGUAUGAGUCUGACCCCCAAGGCGACAGAGGGAGCCGGCUACGCAGACACCUCCAAGACAGACGAGGUCCAGCUCAACGUGGGCUGUGUCCAGGUCGUCUACCUCCACAAGUUUGGCAUGUCUUUGUUGAAUUUCAGCAACAACUUCCAGACGGCCAAGGAGGCGGUGAGUGUGGCCACGGCCCAGGCAGCAGAGAAGGCGGCCUCCAGCAUCAGGGACUUCGCCCAGAAGAGCUUCCGUCUCUCCAUGGACAUCAGGCUGAAGGCCCCUCUCAUCGUCAUCCCUCAGUCCUCCACCUCACACAAUGCACUGGAGGUGGACCUGGGGCUCAUCACCGUGGGCAACAGCUUCUCUCUACUUGCUGUGGAGGGAUGUCCACUUCCUGCUGUCAUUGACCACAUGGACGUACAGCUCACACAGCUCAAACUGUCCAG